AUGGAAAGGACGACUCACUCAUACUCAGUGUGGGCAAUUCCACCAGAUGAGGUGUCUAUCAGAAUCAAGAAGGUGAUGGAAGGCCUCCGGGAUGAUUUUGGUGGUCCGGAGAUUGAGCCCCAUAUUCCGAUUGUGGGAUCUAUUCGUAAGGGACAAGACGAUGUGCUCAGAAGGUUCGCAAGUCUGCGGUCUCGUGUAGUUUCAGCGUACAAAGCUACAGUUACUCAAGUUGUUUUUAGAAAUUCUUAUUACCAGUGUGUUUCUCUCCUAAUGAAUUCAUCAUUUUCAUGCCAGGAUGAGGAUGUUAAUGAGGUACUUCAUUUUCUCACUUCUUUGUUUUCGGGUGAUAUAUUCGGUUUCCACAAUCGAGUUAGGCCACAUUUGAGCCUGUUUUUAGGUUAUCUGUCAGAAGAAGAGAAGAAAAGAGCUGAAGAAAAAAUCAAUAUUCUGGAUGAUAGCAUUACUAGCAUGAGUUUUCCUAUAACUCGAUUUGCACUGUACAGAAUUGACUACAAAGAUAAAACUCUCAAAUCUUGGGAAAAAAUUGCUGAAUUCCCCCUCCUGAUUGAGCCGGGGGAUACUUGCAUUUAG